GUACGCGCAGAGCCAAGGGGUCGCAGGCUGUGGGGACGCGCCGGCGGCGCCCGGGGCUGCUCCCGCUGCAGCCCCGACCCGCCCGGGGCAGCAGCCGGAGACCACAACCCGAAGCCCCGGCGCGUCCCCGAGCCAUGAGGGCGGCAGCGCUUAUCUGCGCUCUGUGCUGUGGACUCCUAGCUCUGUCGACGCGGGCCGGCUACUCCGAGGACCGCUGCAGCUGGAGGGGCAGCGGCUUGACCCAGGAGCCCGGCAGCGUGGGGCAGCUGACUCUGGCCUGUGCUGAGGGUGCGAUAGAGUGGCUGUACCCAGCUGGGGCGCUGCGCCUGACCCUGAGCGGCCCCGACCUGGGCACGCGGCCCAGCAUCGCCUGUCUGCGCCCAGGGAGGCCCUUCGCGGGUGCCCAGGUCUUCACCGAACGGAUGGGCGGUACCUUAGAGUUGCUGCUGGCGGAGGGCCCAGACCUGGUCGGGGGCCGCUGCGUGCGCUGGGGUCCCCGGGAGCGCCGGGCUCUCUUCUUGCAGGCGACACCGCACCGCGACAUCAGCCGCCGAGUUGCCGCCUUCCGCUUUGAGCUGCGUGAGGACCGGCGUCCUGAAAUGCCUCCCCAGGCCCAAGGUCUUGGUGUAGAUGGUGCCUGCAGGCCCUGCAGCGAUGCUGAGCUCCUUCUGGCUGCUUGCACCAGUGACUUUAUGAUUCAUGGGACCAUCCAUGGAGUCACCCAUGACAUGGACUUGCAGGAGUCCAUCAUCACUGUGACUACCACCCGUGUCAUCCGCCAGACACUGCCACUAUUCCAGAUAGAAGGCUCGGAGGGCCAGAGCCAGGCCUCCAUUCACACCCUAUUGCGCUGUGGUGUGCGUCCUGGCCCAGGCUCCUUCCUCUUCAUGGGCUGGAGUCGCUUUGGGGAGGCCUGGCUGGGCUGUGCCCCUCGCUUCCAGGAGUUCAGUCGUGUCUAUACAGCUGCCCACACAGCCCACCUCAACCCAUGUGAGGUGAUGCUGGACUGAGCAACCUGGGAGCAGGGUGCUAGGGAGUGGUGAUAGGAGGGUGGGUGGGAAGGGAAUGGCCCAGAUGACAUCUUGGUGCCCACAGCUGAGGUGAUAGGAUACCUCAGAUAAUAAGAACUGUAUCACACCAACCACUGUAGACUUGGUCUUC